AUGGCAGCCGAGCCUCAAACCUUGGACCGAGUUUUCGAUCUGAUUAUGCGGAGCCUGGUGGACACCGGCGUGGCGUUGCACUACACCGAGCUUGCCCGCGAGAUGGGCUGCAGUGCAGAGGAUGGUCGCACCCUGCUCUACGACUUGUGCGCCACCGACUUCCCUGCUUGGCUGCACCCAGACACAGAUUGGAUUGCCUCUUUCCCGCCCUUCUCCAACAUCCCCACUCCCCACAAGAUCACCAUCGACGGGGAACAGAAAUGGUUCGCACAAUGA